GCGUGGGUGACUUCACUGAUAUAUACAUCGGUGUCGUCGGUACCUGGGUACCGUGCCUCGACGUCGUAUCCUCGACGACGCGCGUGACUCAUCUCACCGAGAGGGAACCUCCUGCGGUUGGAGACAGUGGAGCCAUCGGCGACGCUUUCGUGGCGCCUCAGUGACCUCUCGAUUCUACCUUAACAAAUACUCUUCCUGGACGAAAUCAACAUGAGUAGGAGCAACGAGAGCGGUAUAUCGUUAGCAACGCCGCCGGCGAUUCAUGUUGGGCCUAUCGUCACACCAGGGUCCAAUGAAACUAUUUCCAUCGUGAUACCGUUAUCAGCACAGCUGACCACAAUGGCUAGUCAGAAAGUCGACAAGAAUAGUAAGGAUUAUGGCAGUGAUACAAAACGAGCAGUUCCAGUAAUUGUCAAUCCUCCUCGAAGUCCGAGGAACAGGACAUGUGGAAAAGGUUGUCCUUUUCCCACAUGCAUGCGAUAUGGACGAGCAUUUUCUAGAUUGCACGAUUUGAAGCGGCACAUAGCUCGGCACGCGAUGCGCAAGGAAAAGUUGCAGCAAACUGAACAAAAAGUCGAUAUCGAAAACGCAACGAGCGAUGCGGUUUUACAAGACGCUCUUCUGCGCGAUACGGAAAAUAAAGGUGGAUAUCCUUGUCCGCGAUGUACGAAGAGGUACAACGAUGAGGAUAAACUCAAAGCUCAUAUGGUCUCACAUGGCAAAACAACGCCAAAGAACAAUCACUUGAAGCAAGAGGAACAUACUAGGAAUGCGCUGCAGAGUCAAGCGAUGAUAGAUAAGUCCUCAACAAUUGUGAAAAAUGAGGACGACUUUCUUCUGGAAGAGAUGCUGUUGAUAAAGAAGGAUCCUCGAAGAACAGAUAAAAACGAUUCGAAGAUUAGGUGCGAUUACUGUUCAAAGACUUUCAAAACCAAGUGGACUCUGAGCUCCCACGUAGCCGCUCACGAAGGCCGUUUCCAGUUCGACUGUGGUCUAUGCGGUAAGAAAUUCGUCAGGAAGAGCCACUACGAGGGUCAUCUACGUUCUCAUGAGGCUGCCAGGCCGUACUCCUGCGAACAAUGUGGUAAAACGUUCAAAGAGCUCAAACAUCGUCGCGAACAUACCAAGAGAAAGCAUCCAAGUAAUCAGAGCGCAAUACAAAGUUUGUUAGAUAGCAUUGGACCGUGCGCGGCCGAAGAGACAAACAUUGAUCAGGCCAAAUUCACUUUAUUAAUGCCAGUAAAUUUUGGCGCAUAAGAAGAGUCGAAGAGGCCUUUGUCGUCUAAAAGAGAUUACUGUGGAUCCUUCAUGUUCAACUAAUUGUAAGAGUUUAAUUCCUCGAAACUUUUUCGGAUCGAUCCAGAUUAAAACAUUGCAUCCUUGGAACCUUGGGCCUUUUGUACUUUGGCUUUUUGGAACUUCGGGUGUUUGGAAGAUUCAAUCCUUGGAAUUUUGAUUAUUUAGAAGACGGAUUCCUUGAAACUGUGAAUGCUUGGAAAAUUGAAUUCU